GUUCCCUCUGACAUGUGCUUUAGCUGCAGUGGAAAGGAAAUGUGUCAUCUGUGGUUUGGUUUUAAAAGUGGAAAGCUAGCUGUACAUAUCCUUUUUACGGCAGAUUUACUUUUAUGUUCAUAGUCUCCAAGUCUAUUUUGCUUUAAAUUACUCAGAAGCUGUGCUUCAAGACAAGAAAAGAAGUGGCUUAUUAAAAUCAGGUUAUAAUCAGAUUUUCACCAAGCAUUUUGUAAGAUUACCAUUAUACCCACGGACAUGGAACACAUUGGAUAUUACCUACAUCUUGCCUUUCUGAUGACAAUAGUUUUCUCUUUGUCUUCUGGAACAAAAGCAAACUAUACCCUUCUGUGGGCUAACAAUACUACUGUCUGGGAUUCAGAUAUUCACAGAAACAAAAAUGAAAACAUUAAUAUAAACCCUGCAACUCCUGAAGUAGAUAAAAAAGAUAACUCUACAAGCAUGCCUGAAAUAGCAACAUCAGCUCACAUUGUACCCUUAACUCCUAAAUCUCAACCGGAGCUUUAUAUACCUUCUGUUGUCAGGAACAGUUCUCCAACAGUACAGAGCAUUGAAAACACAAGCAAGAGUCACAGUGAAAUUUUCAAAAAAGAUGUCUGUGAGGAAAACUACAACAAAAUCGCUAUGCUAGUUUGUGUAAUUAUAAUUGCAGUGCUUUUUCUUAUCUGUACCCUUCUAUUUCUAUCAACUGUGGUUCUGGCAAACAAAGUCUCAUCUCUCAGACGAUCAAAACAAGCAGGCAAACGUCAGCCUAGAAGCAACGGCGAUUUUCUGGCAAGCAGUGGUCUAUGGCCUGCUGACUCAGAUACUUGGAAAAGAGCAAAACAGCUCACAGGGCCCAACCUAAUGAUGCAAUCUACUGGAGCACUCACAGCUACAAUGGAAAGAAAAGAUGAAGAAAGAACUGAAAAACUCACUAACUGAUGCUUUAGUGAAGAAAAAUGCAAAGUGGCUAUGAGAAAGUUUAGAGUAAAAAUGAAGUCAGUUUGAUAUUUAAUGCCAACAGGUUGGUCUGAUGGUCUGAAAUCUGAUGGGCAGGCCUUGCGAUUUAAAAUGAAGCAGGUGAGAAGGGGAGAAGCAUGCCUGCUUACUUAAUGACUGAAACUGUGCACUUUUGUUCUGACACUGAAUAUCUUAAAGAGCAAAUAAUAAAACAACAAAGCAUCUGGGGAAGGUUUUGAAGAUGACUUGAAGGAACUGACUAAUAGAAAGGGUCAAUUAAAUAAAUAUUUCCUGUUCCAUAAUAGUAGUUAGAUGAUCUUUGUUUGAAUGUAAUUAAAUUUUGAAAAGUUUUAGCAUGUCCUUAGAGGCAAGUAUAUGCUUCAACACCUAACAGAAGUAAAAAUUCUAAUGCAUAGAGAUGAACUGUAUAGUUUAAUGGUACCUUCUUUGCUGAAUGUGACAGAAUCCAUACCAGCUCAUGUAUCAACACAGCUAAUUUUAAGCAGGAUGUUUUCAUCUUUACAUAUGGCACAUAUAAAAAGGUGCUUUUCUAUUAUAAAUAUUUAAUUAAAACUUUUAAUUUUGUAUAAUAAAUUAAAACUCAUAGAAUAAAACUGACUACGUAUAUUUGCA